UGACCAGGAAAGAGACGCGAAGGUUCUCGCGGGGCUAUAUACUGAUUUUUUUCUGGUUUCGUGGGUGGGCGCAGCGGGAAUAUCGGGGUCCCGCCGCCUCAUUCCGCCCAAGGAAAGUGGAGGGGGGAGAAAUGGGAAGAGGGUUUCCGAUCUCCCCUUCCUCCUCCCCCUUCUUUUUCCCAGCUGCGGGGCUGCUGCGGGGAGGAGCCUGACGUCGGUCCGGCCCCGCCGAUCGCGAGAGCUGAAAAAGCAGCAGCCCGAGCGGGCCCCGCAGUCUCUCGCCUCGGUUCCCGGGUCGCCUCCACCAUGAAGCGGCAGAGAUGCGUCUUCCUCAGCGCCGCCGCCGCCGCGAUCCUAGCCACUCUGCUGAUGGGCGCAGCCGCGACCAGCGAGGAAGAUCAAGAGGCCGUCGAUCCAGGCAAACUCCUGGUACUGACAGCUGCCACAGAUGAGACAGAGGGAUACCAGCGCUUCCUGCGGACGGCCAAGUACUUCAACUACACUGUCAAGACUCUCGGCCUAGGAGAAGACUGGAAGGGUGGGGACGUGGCUCGGACGGUCGGCGGAGGACAGAAGGUCCGCUGGCUGAAGGCGGAAAUGAAAAAACAUGCCAAUGAGGAGGACCUAAUUGUCAUGUUUGUAGACAGCUACGAUGUGAUCCUGGCAGGGAGCCCCAUCGAACUCCUCUGGAAGUUCCUGCAGUUCAAGAGCAACGUGGUCUUCUCGGCGGAAAGCUUCUGCUGGCCAGAGUGGUCGCUGGCCGAGAAGUACCCGCCGGUGGGCGUGGGAAAACGCUUUCUGAACUCUGGAGGGUUCAUUGGCUACGCCCCCACCAUCAACCGCAUCGUCCAGCUCUGGAAGUACAAAGAUGACGACGACGACCAGCUCUUCUACACACGCAUUUACUUGGAUCCUGCCUUGCGGGAGAAACAUAAGAUCACGCUGGAUCAUAAGUCAAAAAUCUUCCAGAACUUGAAUGGUGCCAUCGAUGAGGUAGUUCUGAAAUUCGAACGGACCCGAGUGCGCGCCCGGAACGUCGCUUACGACACCUUUCCUGUCGUCAUCCAUGGCAACGGGCCCACCAAGCUGCAGCUGAACUAUCUGGGAAACUACAUCCCCAACACCUGGACCUAUGAGGGGGGCUGCGAAGUUUGUGACGAAGGCCUCUUGGAUCUGUCAGGCUUACCGGAAGAAUCGUAUCCACGUGUGCUUCUGGGUGUGUUCAUCGAGCAGCCCACACCCUUCCUGCCUCAGUUUCUUCAGCGUCUCUUGACCUUGAAUUAUCCGUACUCUCAUCUCCAGCUCUUCAUCCACAAUCACGAGGUGUAUCAUGAGCCGCACAUUGAAGCCGAGUGGGAGCAGCUCCGUGGGGCCUUUGAGAGCAUCAAGCUUGUCGGUCCAGAGGAGGAGCUGAGCCAAGGGGAGGCGAGAGACAUGGCCAUGGAUCUCUGCCGCCAAGACCCCACCUGUGACUACUACUUUAGCCUGGAUGCUGACGUGGUCGUGGCAAACCCGGACAUCUUGCAGAUAUUGAUCCAGGAGAACAAGAAGGUAAUCGCUCCGAUGGUGUCGCGCCACGGCAAGCUUUGGUCCAACUUCUGGGCCCUGAGCCCUGAUGAAUAUUACGCGCGCUCAGAGGACUACGUGGAAUUGGUCCAGGGCAAGAGGAUCGGAGUGUGGAACGUCCCCUACAUCUCUCAGGCCUAUUUGCUGCGAGGGGAAACUCUGCGCCAGGAGCUGCCCCAGCGCAACGUCUUCACCUUGGACGACACGGACCCAGACAUGGCCUUUUGCAAGACUGUGCGGGAGAAGGGCAUCUUCCUUCACAUCAGUAACCGGGAUGAGUUUGGGCGCCUCAUUUCCACCGCCAGAUACAACAUAUCCCACCUAUAUCCUGACCUCAGGCAGAUCUCUGAGAAUCCCCUGGAUUGGCAGGAGAAAUACAUCCAUGAGAAUUACACUCAGGUGCUGGAGGCGGACUAUUAUGAGCAGCCCUGCCCUGACGUUUACUGGUUCCCCGUGUUCACCGACCAGAUGUGUGAUGAGCUGGUGGAAGAGGCAGAAAACUUUGGCCAGUGGUCCGGAGGGAAGCAUGAGGAUUCCCGGCUGGCUGGUGGCUAUGAGAAUGUCCCGACCGUUGAUAUCCACAUGAACCAGAUUGGUUUUGAGAAGGAAUGGCUGCAGUUCCUGCAGGACUACAUCGCUCCGGUCACAGAAAAGCUCUAUCCCGGCUACUACACUAAGGCACGAGCGAUCAUGAAUUUCAUGGUCCGCUACCGCCCGGAUGAGCAGCCCUCGCUCCGGCCGCAUCACGAUUCCUCCACUUUCACCAUCAACGUUGCGCUGAACCACAAAGGGAUCGACUACGAGGGAGGCGGCUGCCGGUUUAUCCGCUACAACUGCAAAGUGGAAUCCCCCCGCAAGGGAUGGACCUUGCUGCAUCCCGGGCGCCUCACCCACUACCACGAAGGCCUGCCCACCACCCGUGGGACCCGCUACAUCAUGGUCUCGUUUGUGGACCCCUAACACCAGCUCCACCCCCCUGGUCCUGGGGCAGUGAGUGGGCCGCGGCGGUCAACACACUGGCAGGAAGAGACUUGUGGGGGGGCAGAUGCAGGCGGGUCCAUCUCUCCAGCUCGGCUGCUGCCUUCCUUGGUGCCUUCGAAAAUGGAGGGAAACAAAUAACUCUACGUCCGGUGCUGAUGGAUACAGUCCUUGCCUGGCAAUGAACUAUGGGUCACUACUAGUGCUGGGAGCAGCCACUGCUGCCUUGUGGCGUUCCACCAACCUCCCCACCACCACCCCAUAAUAUGUGGGUUGAAGAUGACAGGCUGUCUCUAACAAAGUGUCGCCCGUUCAGGAUGUGUUUUCAGUGCCUCCCUCUCUCAGCAUGGCCCAGCCAGCUGGAGAUACCGUUGUUUUAGCAGUAGCACAAUCAUUCUCUAAACAUUUUUUAGUCCCUUGCUCAAAUCAAGGCACCUCGGGGGUUUUUUCCUACAAAUAUAUGUACUGCUGCUGUUCUGUUUUUGCCCCAGGUCUUCACUCUUCCCCUCCACCCACCUUUUAUAUGAGUGUCUUUGUUACACCGAAGCUGCAUUUUGUGAAAGAAUGCCUCUGAGCAACUGCAGAGUGUUUUUCCAUCUAUAAUUCCCGGCCGCAUGUGGUUGAGGAUCUAAGUGGAAGGUGUUUCUUCAUUUCAUUGCACCUUUAAAUUAAAAAAAAAAAGCGGGGAGGAUGAAGAGAAAAAUCUCCCUUCCUACAGGCACAGGGUAAAAUCAGUAUUAAGGGAGAAGUAAGUUAAUGAGAGGUCACCUAAUAAUUCCCACAGAAGGGAAAAGGGGCUGGUCUAUACAUUUCAAGUUUACCUAUAUUAUACAUUUAAAGCUGGUUAUAGCACUUGAAAAGUCAUGCUCCCCCAAAGAGUCCUGGGAGCCGUAGUUCGCUGAGGGUGCUGGGAAUUGUAGCUCUGGAGGCAAACUACAGUUCCCAUCAUUCAUUGGUGGAAGCCCUUGUGCUUUAAAUAUAUGGUGUGGUCCUCCUCCCUGCAUACAGCUGCAGUCCCCAGGGUAGUUUAACAAUCAGUCCCUCUUCCUAGUGAACUCCGGAAAUCGGGGCUCUCUGUGUGUGUCUCCCCCAACAACUCUCAGCACCCUUAACAAACUAUAGUUCCUAGGUGUCUUUUGCGAGGGGGAGCCACGGUUUUAAAAAGUGGUAUAAGAGUGCUGUAAAUGUUUGGUGUGGAUUGUGGCCUAACCUCGAGGUGGAACAGCAACAGAGGAGAGCUUGCCUUAUGCUGCAGCAGGGGUCCCUUUUAUGCUUGAUUUUUGAAGUAUUUUAAACACUGUGAUCAAGGCAGCACCUACUCUCUCUCUCACACACACACACACAUGCACCGCUCUCGGGGCAUCUGCAAAGUGUGACUAAUGUCUUCUUAGCAGUAUGUGGAAAACGUGGUUGGUUGGGGGCAGGAGGGAGGAAUGUUUUUUCCAUUUGUCAGCAUGCCUAAGCCAGGAGCUCCCCUUCCCCCGGGGUGAGGAGGGAAAGGCCUGGCUGGCGCUUGUGAGACAGGGGCCUUGCGUAAUCUCCCAUAAUCCUGUGGGCUUUUCUUUUUGGCCCUCAGCCCUAGUCUGGCUGGUAGGGUGGCCAUGCGUCGGCUGCUUCCUGUACAAAGCGUGCAUUAAGUUAUUGGCGUGGCUGUUCCACAGAACACCAAAUAAAUCUACCUUUUAUACUAGA